UUUUGCUUGCGGUGUAUUGUAUUUCUCUCAAAGCACUGGGAUUUAUUUGCUCAAACAGCAAAAAUAAUUUACACGUUUUCGUGUUAUCGUUUUAUGUGUUUAAGAGUUAAAUUUGAGGCUACCAUGUCUGUUUUAUGACGGCAAAAUGAGUGACGAAACGAACGAAGAGCGUCAAGACAAUGAAUUGGCCGCAUUACAGGCAAUUUACGGUGAUGCAGUCGUAGACAACCGAGAAGUGGUAGCUUGGAAGAUAUGGAGGCCGAAUGAUCUGAUGUUAACGUUGAAUCCCCUACAUAAUUCUGAUAUCAAAGGCGUUCACUGUUCCGUGACAUUACACUUCAAAUGCUGUGCCAACUAUCCUGAUAAACCUUUAUGUAUUGCUAUCCACAAGAUGCGAGGUUUAUCUACUGAUAAUGCAAUGCAACUACUGGCUGAAUUGGAAGAGUUGGCUAAGAAGUUAUGUGGAGAAGUCUGUAUAUUUCAAUUGGCACAACAUGCACAGCAAUUUCUCCAUGACCACAAUAAGCCCACCCUGUCGUUUUAUGAAGAAAUGGUGAAACAAAAGAAUGAACAAGAACAGUUGAAACUACAUGAUCUGAAAGUUAAGGAAAAUGAGGAGCGUAAGAAAAUGAAAGAUGAGAUUCAGAGACGCCAGGAGAUUCUUCGCGGCGCCGGCAGACAUAGGACGCAUAGGUCUAGCAUUAGUCAGGAUGAUAGUCUCGAUGGUACUGGGGAUGCGCCGGAGUUGGUGUGUUAUGCCGACGACAAAAUGUCUCCUGUCAAGAAGAUAGUUAGAACUAAAACAGUAGAUAUACCCUGUACUUGUAAGAAUAAAGGAGUUCAAGUUGUUAGGAUUACACAGAAGAAUAAUAAGAAGGUUUAUAUUAGUAACUGUUUAGGUCACUCAUCAAACGGCGCAACAACUUACCUAGCAAUAGACGACGAAGGCGAGAGAUUAAUCGCCAAAAAAUGGAUCACACCCCCAGCCACCGACUUCCAGACCCGAUCCCGCCAACUGACUUCCAUGCAACAAGAUCUGAAAGCCAUGUGUCGACUCAACCACCCUGCCAUAACCCCCUACGUUGCCAUGGAAACAAUUAAAGACGCGAACAAACGGACAGCAAAACAAUAUAUAUAUUUAUUCAGGAGUUUUGUUCUAGGGAGUGCUUUGAAAAGUGUUAAAAGCAGACUUGGUGUGUUUUGUGACCGUUAUGAAGGGUUAAAAUUACUAAGGCAUGUGGCUUUAGGGGUUUUAGGGGCCCUAAAAGAGUUACAUAGUGUGGGGAUCGUGCAUAAAGACGUGAGGGGUCAAAAUGUUUUCUUAGACGAUGUAGGGGGGGUUAAACUGGUGGGGAUUGGUUUGGAUAUGCGGUUGACUGAAAUGCUGGACGGUGAUACGUAUUGUGAAAGACAAACAGCAGCGCAAGAUAUUUACGCAACGGGACAGAUGCUUCUUUCCCUUGUAUCUCAAGAACGAACUUAUAUGGAAAUACCACCAGAUCUGCCAAGUUCCGCUAAGGAUUUCUUUGCCAGAUGUUUAACGGAAGACGAGCAAUCUCAGUGGUCAGCUGAACAGCUGAUGAAUCACGUGUUCCUGACCGAUGCGCCUGCCAAGGUGCCCAGCAAUAAGGAAAAUAAUGAUGAAGGCAGUGGAUCUGAGGACGACGAUGCAGUUAAGAAGAUGCAUCAUAGCAGUCCAGUGACUAACGGUCAUAGUCGUCUGCACGCUGAGUUUGAAGUCCUCACGUGGCUCGGAAAAGGUGCCUUCGGGGAUGUGCUGAAGGUUAAAAACAAACUUGACGGUGGAUUCUACGCGAUCAAACGCAUCAAGCUUAACCCUGAAAGCGUGCAGUUAAAUAAGAAGAUAACUAGAGAAGUUAAACUGUUGUCCCGACUUAACCAUGAGAAUGUGGUUAGGUAUUUUAACGCUUGGAUCGAGUCUAGUAUUGAGGUUGAAGAAGAUGAUACUAGCGUGGAGAUUGAGGUACCUGAUGUUAAAAGGCCUGAUAGUUUGCAAGGAGUGGUCGCUAAGUUAGGCCAAGACAUCAAGGUGGAAUGGUCGAUGUCAGAGGCGCCGGUACAGAAAACGAGUACGUCUUCUGAAUCCGAAGACGAUGACGAUGAUGACGAACCAGAUCCUUGGUUUACUAUAAUGAGCCCAGAAGACGGAUCCAGCAGCGGAGUGGAAUUUGAAGAAGACUCGAACGUCUCUCAGACCAUACCUUCGGAGGACGUUGUGGAUGCUCCUCGCAAGUCCUUGGAGAGGAUCCGCCAGGUGCUGUACAUUCAGAUGGAGUUCUGUGAGAAACACACGCUGCGACACGCGAUAGAUAACGGACUGUGCCAAGAGCAUUUCAGAGCUUGGAGGCUUUUUAGGGAGAUAGUCGAAGGCCUAGCCCACGUGCACCAAAGAGGUAUGAUCCAUAGAGACCUGAAGCCUGUCAACAUUUUCUUGGAUUCUAACGAUCAUGUGAAGAUUGGAGAUUUUGGACUGGCUACUAAAGCGUUUACUGCCUUGCCUGUUGAUGAAAAAGCCAAACAGGAAGAAAUCGGCGGCUCUCUAACAGGACAGAUCGGCACAGCUCUCUACGUAGCACCAGAGUUACUCCAAUUAAGUUCCAAGGUCAUCUACAACCAGAAAGUGGACAUCUACUCCCUAGGCAUCAUACUCUUCGAGAUGUUCCAUCCCACGCUGGAUACGGGGAUGGAAAGGAUGAUGGUACUCUCUAAUCUGAGGAGCAAGGAUAUUAUCAUGCCUAAGGGCUUUGAGAAGGAGGAUAAUGCGAGACAGAUUCAUGUUAUUCGAUGGCUUCUAAACCACGAGCCCAGUCUUCGUCCAACAUGCGCGGAACUUCUAGGCAGUUCCCACGUUCCCCGCGCCGUACCCGAGGGAGCCCUAGCAGGACUACUCGCACACGCACUUAGCGAUAGAGCUGCUCGAGGCUAUGGGCGCCUGGUAGCCGCCUGCCUGCACCAGGUGCCGUCCCGGGCUGAGGACUAUACCUACCAUAACGAUAUGAGGACCAAGCCUAAUGAACUGCUGUUGAAAAUCAAGGAUGACGUCAUCAAGGUGUUCCGCAGCCACGGUGCUUCAGAAUUCUCCCCACCACUGCUGAUACCCCGAGCUGCCGCGUGGGACCAGUAUCCAAAUGCCGUGAAGGUCAUGACGGCAUCUGGCUCCGUUGUGCAUCUGCCUCAUGACUUGAGACUGCCUUUUGCUAGGCAUACAGCAUACAACGGCACGAAAUACAUGCGUCGUUACGUGGUAGAACGGGUGUUCAGAGAGAAGCAUGUCAAAGGCUUCCAUCCGAGGGAGAUUAUAGAGUGCGCCUUCGACAUCGUUUCUCCUAGGACUGAUUCCCUCUGGCCAGACUCCGAGCUCCUAAUAGUAGCAAGCAGAGCGGCAACAGAAAGUGGCCUCAAAGUGUCGCUACAGUUGAACCACACGGAGCUGCUGCGAACACUGCUGCUGUCGUGCGGGGUGCCGCUGGACAAGCACUCAGACAUGUACCCCGUACUCGUCGAUGUGUGCUUCGGGCGCAUAACAAGUCUCCAACUACAAACCCACCUAACGUCCCUUUGCGUGACCAAUCGUGACGUGUCGAAUCUCCUCCGUCUAAUGGAGGCGGAUGUCCCGGUACACGAAGUUCGCGAACUCGUCACACCGUUUGUGAAGCAAGCUAAGUUGAGCAAGGUGGUGGCUCAAGCGGUACAUGACUUGGAAGCCGUUUAUAGGAAUACUAAGGCUUUGGGCUGUGAGUGCCCAAUAACAGUAGCCCCAUUCCUGGCGUACAACGCGACACAACACUGCGGCAUAUUCUGGCAGAUAUCAGUGUUAAGGAAUACGGAUCAUAAGCCUACUGCUAAACAUCGGGCUGGUGAUCUGAUUGCCGCUGGUGGCAGAUACGACGCCUUAGUGUCAGAGUUCUGGAAGGUAGCGAGGACGGAAGACCAUGAUAGUGCAGAACUGAAGUCCAGUUCAGUAGGGUUCUCCAUGUCUUUGGAGAGAAUGGCCGCCAUUUUGAAGAAGAUGGAACCUGAGAUGAUUGCUUCUUCUUCUCCAAGUGUAGAGUCCCGCCUAACCUGCGUAUGCGUAUGGGGCACGGCAGGCAGCGGGCGGGACGGCCAGGCCGCCGCCCGCCGUGCCGCUCUAGCCCGGGACUUGUGGGCUGCCGGCCUCGCCGCCGCCGCGUGGCCCGCCGCCAGCGCCGACGCGCACGACCUGGCCCGACCCGCUAUAGUGCUACUGCAAGAUGAUGCUACUGCUCGACUGGCCUACUGGGACGGCGUAAGUUUAAGAGAACACAAAGUGCCAUACAUCGAUGUCCUAGAUUUCAUCAAACAGAAGUUACUCAGUCCUCAAGAUCCUAUAAAAACUCCUGAUGCAGGUCAAUACCGCACGUUGAGUUGGACUGAAAGCGAGAAGUCAAACAGUGGUACCUGCAUAUCUGUCACCUUCAUCACUGCCAGCGAUCGAAUGACUAAGAACUCCAAGAGGCAUUGUGAGAAUCAGAUAAACACCCAAAUGACCUCAAUCCUAGUAUCGCUAGGCCUACAGCCCGUGCUGUGCCGCGUCCGCGUGAGCGUGCUGGCGCUGUCGUGCGAGGCGGCCUGCGUGCGGCUGCUGGCCGCCUCGCUCACCGCGCCGCUAGAUGCCGACGAGAUCGCACAUGCGUUUGCCACUGUUACUGAAAUGUAUCCAAAACGUCGUAACAUUCUCGACGAUGCCCUCAGCGAGUUAACAGCACUAGCUAAACAAUGCAACCAGUGUAAAUGUGAAGAAACGCAACUCUAUGCUCUAUACUCUAUACCCGAUUCUCUAUGCCGAUUGAUCACUUGACCCAUCGAUGUUUUGUUGAAAUAUCUCUUUUUAUACUAAUGUAGGUAUUCUAUCUCAGGCUUCCCACCCGCGUCCGAUAAAUCGGUCACCGAUUUUUUGUAGGAGAAGAAUAGAACAAAUCGAUUGCAAUAAUGUCCUCCUAGCUGAUUAUUGGCUACGACGGCUGUUCUCAUGUAAGGAGAUUACCCAACUGCGCAGGGCAUAUUAAAGUGCACAAGCAUUUGCGCACACACAAGUGCCCUCACUAUUCCUUCACUCUCAUAGCCCGAUGGGACGACAAUCCGACACGACCGGAGAGAGAUCAGGCGCAGGACCGACAUUUACGUGAUCUCGAUUGCAAUAUAGUGCACACGUUCUACAAGUCGGUCAGAAAAUCUUACUUCUACAAAAAAUCGGUCCGAUUUGUCUGUCCUACAAAAAAUCGGACGUGGAUGGCAGGCCUAAUGAGUACAGGCUGUAUUCUGAAUGUUUCGAUAUAAGUUUGAUAUAUAUCGACUUAAGUUUGAUCAUAUCGUUAAUAGAUAAUCUUAAAACCCUUAAGACAACAUUUUGUAACAUGCUUGAGUAUUGAAAUAUUUAUAGAAUACUAGCCUUCAAGUGUAAAACAAUUGGUCUUCAUUACCGUAUAUAGAAAAGUAUAUUGAUGUUUUGAUAUAAGUAGGUAUUCCAUUUUGAGAAGGCAUUUAACAAAAGGUAAAAAAUCUUAAGAUGACUUGUUAUUUAAAAAUUCGAAUUAAAAGUAAGUUGCGACCAAAAUUCAAUGUAGAUACAUUACAUUUUAUAUCAUUACUUUGUCAAUUUCAUCAUAGUUUUAAGCAGUCAUUUAUUUUUUUCCUUUUUAAUAAGUACCUUCUCAAGUGGAGUAUAAAAUAUGAAUAUCGUUAACAUAAACUCGUUUUCCUUAGUUUGAAUAUGACUUCUUAUAAGUUUAAACAGCUUCUUUUAUCAUAGGCAUUUAUAAUUUUUACAUUUAAUUUAUUAAUUAUCAUCCAUCUGAUGUAAUAGACUGGGACUAUCUCUUUUCCUAGUUCCAUAAAUAUUCUGUAAUUUUAGAAACAAAAAUGCAAUUUAAGAACUUGAUUCAAAAGCAGUCUUACUGUAAACGUAUAUUAAUUUAUAUUGUAUUGUAAACUAACUGUAAUUUAUUGUGCUAAUGAUUUUUAUCUACAAAAAAACAUUGAUUCAUAAUUGUAAUGUGUUAUUUUUCAAUACAUUCUCAGUAUUACCGAGGAGAUCUAGUAAUUAAUUUUGUUAUAACCAUAUAUUUUCGCCUCAUUAUACAUACUAGGUGUUAGAAAAAAUCUGCCGGGGCUGCGGGAUUGUUCGAAAGAGUUACCGCGGCCCUAGUACAUAAAAGGCCUAUGACGGAACACGACGGUUUUUAGUCAGUAAGAGUCUGACACUCCCUCAACGCUGCUAACCCACAGCGGGAGGGGUCAUUUGAUGAUUUUUGACGUCGUUAAAAAAAGUGUUACAAAAAUACUGCCUAAAAUAUGUAAGCGUAUGCUGCGUAUUUUGUUAGAUAAACCGCAUUUCUUUUUUUUUUUGUUACAUUCUGUAUACUGCAAAAACUAUCUUAAUUUAAAUACUUGUAUUGUAGUGCUCGUCAAAUGAUCUUGUAAUCAUGCCUGUCAAGGGCAAGUAUAGGUCAGUAUAAUACGUAAGAUGCUUAGUUCAAAUAAAAACUAAAACCAAGAAAUAUUUUUAUAAAAGAUUUGAUUGUUAUAAGGGGUAUCGGGUUUCCCGAGUAACUGGGUUGAGGAGGUCAGAUAGGCAGUCGCUUCUUGUAAAGCACUGGUACUCAGCUGAAUCCGGUUAGACUGGAAGCCGACCCUAACAUAGUUGGGAAAAGGCUCGGAGGAUGAUAAUGAUUUGAUUGUUAUAGGAACUAACAAUUUACGUUAAAAAUGUGUACCUUUAUUAUCUGUUCUUGUUAAAAAAAUAUGUACUUUGAUAAAUACUUAGAUAUUUAUUGCAAAGUUUUGUGUGACUAUAUAACUGGAAAGUUAUAUUAUGUGAAAAGCCAAUGCAAUUUUAUACAAACCUGGUUUGUGAUAAUAAAAAAAUCUUUAUUGUA